GUAUUGAAUAUUCGUAGGUUUAGUCUUCAGACAGUUUCGAGUUUGCGCUACUUGCAGUGGAAGACAUCGAUAUGUCAAUACUUCUACAAUACGAAAUCUUUAAAAUAAUGUCGUAAAAAUACAAAAAUAUACUCAAAAAAUAAUCGUAAUUACGAUAGUGAUUAGGUUAUGAAAAAGUCGAACAAAUAUUGGAUAGGUGUGGGUAACAUUUCAACAGUGUGUUUGUCCGAAGUAAAGAGGGACCGUGAGGACCUCGAAGACAAUCUUCCGACUUUUUACAUGAAGGAACAAGAUAUUCCUGAAUAUCUUGAAGGCUGUGGUUUAACCACCUGUACAGCCGGCGACAUGCCUGAAGAUGUAGACGUUCUACGGGAUAAUAAAGACCACACAAAAGAAAAAAAAUUAUCAUCUGCAUCCAUAGCAGGACCUGAUACCAAAAAAACAGUAACUGUCAAACAUCCCGAAUCAAAUAAACCGAAACCAACUACAAAAAAAGGCAAACCGAUACAAGCAGAUUUAGAUGUUUCUAAAGAAUUUACGAGAUGUAGAGAAGAAUGCUUAGAGCGACUGGAUUUAAGUAAAUCUAACAUUACUCAUUUACCAAGUACGGUACGGGAUUUGACGCACUUAGUCGAGUUUUAUCUAUACGGUAAUAAACUCGUAACAUUACCGCCAGAAAUCGGUUGCCUUGGAAAUUUGGAAACAUUAGCUUUGAGUGAAAAUUCUCUGACAAGUUUACCAAAUACAUUAGAGAAUUUGAAAUCUUUAAGAGUUCUUGAUUUAAGGCAUAAUAAGUUGAGUGAAAUACCUGAUGUCGUGUACAAGUUGACGAAUCUCACAACUUUGUUUUUACGCUUUAAUCGAGUUCGAUAUGUAAGUGAUAAUAUACGCAAUUUGACAAAUUUGACAAUGCUAAGUUUGAGAGAAAAUAAAAUCAGAGAACUUCCAGCUGGUAUUGGCAAAUUAAUCAAUUUAAUAACAUUUGAUGUUUCUCAUAAUCAUUUGGAGCAUUUGCCUGAAGAAAUUGGAAAUUGUGUCCAGUUAUCUACACUUGAUUUGCAACAUAAUGAGCUUUUGGAUAUUCCAGAUACAAUUGGAAAUUUAAUCUCAUUAACAAGAUUAGGACUUAGAUAUAAUAGAUUAACUAAUAUUCCAAAGUCCUUAGCAAAUUGUAAAUUAAUGGAUGAAUUUAGUGUAGAAGGAAAUCAAGUAUCUCAAUUACCAGAUGGAUUACUUGCAAGUCUCUCUGAUUUAACAACAAUCACAUUAUCUCGGAAUGCUUUUACUGCAUAUCCAUCAGGAGGACCAGCUCAGUUUACAAAUGUUUAUUCUAUCAAUCUUGAACAUAACAAAAUAGAUAAAAUACCAUAUGGUAUUUUUUCUAGAGCAAAGAAUCUUGCAAAGUUAAAUAUGAAAGAAAAUCAAUUAACUGCUUUACCAUUAGAUAUUGGUACAUGGAUCAAUAUGGUUGAAUUAAAUUUGGGUACAAAUCAACUUACAAAAAUUCCUGAUGAUAUUCAAUGCCUUCAAAAUUUAGAAGUUUUAAUAUUAUCUAAUAAUUUAUUAAAACGUAUUCCUGCCAGCAUAGCAAAUUUACGUAAACUCAGAGUGUUAGAUCUUGAAGAGAAUAAAAUUGAAUCUUUACCAAAUGAAAUUGGUUUUCUAAGAGACUUGCAGAAGUUAAUUUUACAAUCGAAUCAGGUAACUUCUUUACCAAGAGCAAUUGGACAUUUAACAAAUUUAACUUAUUUAAGUGUUGGAGAAAAUAAUCUAAACUAUUUACCUGAAGAAAUUGGUACAUUAGAAAAUUUAGAUUCACUUUAUGUAAAUGAUAAUGCUAAUUUACACAAUUUACCAUUUGAAUUAGCUCUAUGCACAAAUCUCAGUAUUAUGUCAAUUGAAAAUUGUCCACUUUCUCAAAUACCACCAGAAAUAGUUGCAGGAGGACCUUCCUUAGUAAUUCAAUUUUUAAAAAUGCAAGGACCCUAUCGAUCCAUGUAACAAAAUUAAAAAAAAUUAUUUUAUGACUUAGAUGUCGAUUCUUAAUAAGAGUGAUACAGAAA